AUGAAAGAGAUCACGAAACGCUUGGGUGCUGUCGGUACUGCUCGCCUUCCAGGAUGGGGACCGCGUGAUCCUCGCUGUGCCUGGUUGGAGACAUUACAAGAUAUGGCCGCCAACCGAUGUCAGUGGUGUUCUUGUCGACAGUUUCUAUCCAGAUCAUCUGAGGAGCCUUCCAACCUUAUGUUGUUCACCACAAUUGGUUAUCACCCGCUGAGAGAAAUUAUGGCAAUGCUCUAA